AUGGAAACGGGAAAGGGAAAGCUUAGCUGGCAGGAGGAGUCGCUUCACUUUGGCGGGGUCGUCAAGGGAAACGUGAAUGCUAGUGCAGAUAACACUGUCACAAGGCUUGUUUUUGACCACGAAAAGGAGGAUCUUUUGGGAUGCCAUGAUGCCCCUGUUCGCUGUAUCGAGUACUCUUAUGCAACGGGGAAAGUGAUUACAGGGAGUUGGGACAAAACUUUGAAGUGUUGGGACCCACGUGGUGGAGGUGCACAGGAGCGUGCAAUGGAGUUUUUUGAUGCAAUGGCACCAAUUAUUUUAUGUUUGCAGACUUGUUCCAUUAGCUGCUUUUGGAUGGGUGAAGAUUAUGAUGAUGAGAAACCAUUGUCUUCAAAAUAUACUUCCAAGUCCAAAGUGGGAUCAUCUAAUAAUCAUAAACCAGUGGUUCCCAAAGUUCAUCAAAAUGGUUCUGCAUCAAAGGAUAAUAAUCAACUGAGGAAUAUUGGGUUGAAUAAGAGACCAACAUAUGAGGAAAGAUCUGCUUCUGUUAAAAAGCCAAAGCUUUCUGAUUUUGUAACCCCUAUCAACCACAAACCAACAAGGCUGCAAGCACAGGCUGCUGGUGUAACAUACUCGCAUCCAAUGACUAAUCUUAUGAGUCGAAUGGCCGUUUUUGGACCAAACAUGAUGUUUGCGGAUCUAAGAUGUUCUCCAUCAUGUACGCGUGCUGGAGUACCUGGUACAGUGUCCAUCUGUCCGCCAGAUUGCUUUGAGUACAAAGGAACACUUGAUGUUUUCUACAAAAUUAUUUGGCAGAUGGGAAUCUAUCUUCCUUGCUAUGACAUCUUCCGAAAUUGGUUUGAAGAGUUUGCAGCUGAAAAUGCUCCAAGCAUGACAUUAUAUGCCCCUUUGUUGGUUGGAUCAUUGUCACGCUCAUUGGCUUGCACUACCUGUUAUCCUAUAGAACUUGCUAGAACCCAUAUGCAGACAUUUAAAGACUUCAACACUGGUAAGAAAGCUCCGGGAGUGUGGAAGAUGUUACUGAAUGUGAAGAACAAUGGUAAUCUAGACAUAAAGUUAUUGCACUGA